CAAGCCGGUUGAUUGCUCACGGUCUUCCUGUCUUCUCCUGCCACUGGCCGCCCGCCUGCACACAGCCCAGUAGCCAGAGCCCACAUUGUUGUGCACGACCGCAUCCAUUCCGUCUAUUCAAUCGCUUUCCCCCCUCAACUCUUCCCUCCCCCCUCCCCCCCAAAAAGAACCCGGAAAACACGAUGGUCCGCUCCCCAUGAUCAUCACGACGCCGACCUCCAGGAUGCCGUCCAUCACCAAGAACACGAACGGCGACAUCCAUUUUCACCAGAAGGUGAAGGGGUGGUUCACGCGGAAUUCGGCCAACCGCGACCGCGCCGUCGCCGACACCGUCGCACCCCAGAACGCCGGCACCGGCAAUGGCGCCCCACGCACCGACAGCGGCAAGAGCACCUUCCGCCAGACCAAGUUCUGGACGGUCGGCCGCCUGCGCAGCGCCACCACGGCCAGCGAGGGCAACCCGCUCGAGACGGAGACGAUGAGCCCGACCGCCCACGCGAACCCCUACUUUGCCCACCAGGGCCAGCCCGGCCUCCGCCACCACAACGAGGGCUCCGUGCCGCCCAGCCCGCCCGACACGCCCACGGUCAGCGUGAACCCGCCCGACGAUGACCACGGCGUCCCCCCCGAGAAGGCCACCUCCGCCACGGCCGCCGCAGAGCUCGCGAGGAAGCUGAGGAGGGUUGCCAGCGCGCCCAACGCACAGGGCCUGUUUGCGAAGGGCGCCAAGAGCGGCGGCGGCGUCGUCGGCGGCAGCAGCAGCAGCAACGGCAGCGGAAGCGGCGGCGACGACGGCGGCAACGGCCAGCGGGCCGUCUCGGAUGAGCCGACCAAGGAGCCGUUUGAGGAGGGCGAAGGCUCCGGCACGGCCGCGGCCGACGGCGGGCUGGCGGUGCCCUCGGAGACGGACGGGAUCGGCUCGCUGCCGCCGCCGAGCCAGUCGGCGCUCGCGUUCCGCAGGACGUAUAGCUCCAACUCGAUCAAGGUCCGGGACGUGGAAGUGGGGCCGCAGAGCUUCGACAAGAUCAAACUGAUCGGCAAGGGGGACGUCGGCAAGGUGUACCUGGUCAGGGAAAAGAAGAGCAGCAGGCUGUAUGCGAUGAAGGUGCUGAGCAAGAAGGAGAUGAUCAAGCGGAACAAGAUCAAGCGGGCGCUGGCAGAGCAGGAGAUUCUGGCGACGAGUAACCACCCGUUCAUCGUCACGCUCUAUCACUCGUUCCAGUCCGAGGACUAUCUCUACCUCUGCAUGGAAUACUGCAGCGGCGGCGAGUUCUUCAGGGCGCUCCAGACGCGCCCGGGCAAGUGCAUAUCCGAGGACGAUGCCCGCUUCUACGCGGCCGAGGUGACGGCGGCGCUGGAGUAUCUUCACCUCAUGGGCUUCAUCUACCGUGAUCUGAAGCCAGAGAACAUCCUUCUCCAUCAGUCCGGGCACAUCAUGCUGUCGGACUUUGACCUCUCCAAGCAGUCGGAUCCCGGCGGCAAGCCGACCAUGAUCCUCGGCAAGAAUGGCACAAGCUCGUCGUCGCUCCCGACCAUCGACACCAAGUCGUGCAUCGCCAACUUCCGGACGAAUUCGUUCGUCGGUACCGAGGAGUACAUUGCGCCCGAGGUGAUCAAGGGCAGCGGGCACACGAGUGCGGUCGACUGGUGGACGCUGGGCAUCCUGAUCUACGAGAUGCUGUACGGCACGACGCCCUUCAAGGGCAAGAACCGCAACGCGACGUUUGCCAACAUUCUCCGGGAGGACAUUCCGUUCCCGGAUCACGCCGGCGCGCCACAAAUCUCAAACCUCUGCAAAUCCCUGAUCCGCAAGCUCCUUAUCAAAGACGAGAAUCGGCGGCUCGGCGCGCGGGCGGGCGCGUCGGAUAUCAAGUCGCACCCCUUCUUCCGGACGACACAGUGGGCGCUGAUUCGGCACAUGAAGCCGCCCAUCAUCCCGCACCAGGGCCGCGGCAUCGAUACGGUCAACUUCCGCAACGUCAAGGAGAGCGAGAGCGUCGACAUCAGCGGCUCGCGGCCCAUGAAGCCAGGUGUGCCGCCCGAUGGCAGUACUCCCGGCGCGGAGACGCCAGAUCCGUUUGAGGAAUUCAACAGCGUCACUCUGCAUCACGAGGGAGAUGAUUGGAGGACAUAGUUGUUGGGCUGAGUAGUCGCGAUCGCGAUCGGCUUGAGGGGAACUUUUUGAGCAGAUGACGACGCAUACCAUGAUGGCCGCACCUUUUUUCUCCUGUUCCAUGUACUCAUGCUUCAUCUGGUGGAGUUUUACGGCGUUUUCUCGUCUUUUGUCGCCCUUCGGUCUUCUUUUGAUGAAGGGGGAAUCCUUGUUCUUUGUCAUUGUGAAGGGAUG